GCUGAUUUUGACAGUUAACUGGAAAUUACUGAUAUGGCUUAUCUAAAACCAGAAAGUACCGUGCAGAACCAGAAACUUGUAUUUACUAUAUUUCCGAUAGGAUGUGAAGGCAGCAUUACUCUAAUAAAAUCUUCAAGCUUUUCAAACUGCACACCCUAAAAUACUGAAAGUAUAUUUUUACAGGUGUUUCAUGUUUAAGUUUGCCAUUCAGAACAUGGAAAAUCAAGACCCUGCUGUUGUAAAUGCAAUAAAGGAAUCGGGCGAGUCCACUCUGGAAAAGGCUACAGCAAAAGCUAAAAUAAAAUUUGACCAGUUUAUGAACGUCUCGCUUAACAUCGCUGUGACUGGAAAGACAGGAUCAGGAAAAUCCUCCUUUGUAAAUGCACUUAGAGGUCUACAGGAUGACGAUGAUGGAGCAGCACCUACUGGAACCACAGAAACUACAAAGGUGCCCACCAUGUAUGAACAUCCUGGAAUGCCAAAUUUGAAGAUCUGGGACCUGCCUGGAAUAGGAAGCCCAAACUUCAAAGCAAAAAAAUACCUGAAAGACGUCAAUUUUAACACCUAUGAUUUCUUCAUUGUCCUUAACUCAGAGAGGUUCAUGGAGAAUGACAUCAUGCUGGCUAAAGAAAUAAGAAAACGGAAGAAAAGCUUUUACUUUGUUCGUUCCAAGAUUGACAAUGACAUGUCUUCAGAGAAAAAGAAAAAAGGAUUUGAUGAGCAGAAGAUUCUUUCCAAAAUAAGAGAGGAUUGUCAGAAGAACCUGAAAGAACUGGGAGACCCCAAAGUUUUCUUGAUAGCAUCUCAUGAUUUGGUGAAAUAUGAUUUUGAAUCUCUUCAAAACACUCUCGAAGAUGAGCUUCCAGGAUACAAGAAGUAUGCGCUUCUACAAGCCUGGCCAGUGUGUUCUGCUGCAUCUCUUGAGAAGAAGAUCAAUAUGUUUAAAGGGAUGAUCUGGGCUGCAUCUUUUGCCUCUGCUGCUGUAGCAGUCGUCCCUCUGCCUGGCCUAUCAGCAGCAUGUGAUACAGGCAUGGUCGUGCUUUUCAUCACAAGGUGCUACUAUGCAUUUGGUUUGGAUGAUAGCUCACUGAUAUGGCUUUCCGAAAAAGUUAACAAGCCUCACCUGAAAGAUCUGGCCAAAUCUAAAUUGGUUACUGCAAUCCGAGAAAAAGCACUGAUCAGAUUGCAAGCGUCUGCUGCACUCGCUACCAUUUCUACUGUUGAAUAUUUGUUGAGUCUUCUUCCAGGUGUAGGCAGUGCUGCUGCUGCAGGAAUAUCCUUCGCUACCACUCAGUACCUCUUGAGAGAAGGAGUAAAUGAUCUGGCAAAUACGGCUCGAGUAAUCAGAAAAGAAGCUGGGCUUGCUUCUGUUCAUUGAUCAAUGUCCAAUAAAGCAUGUAAGCUUUUUCUGCCUCUGAGUAAAUACGAUGAUGUAUAUUAAGAUAAUGUGCUGAUACUGAGUUCAGCAAAAAAUAAAACUGUCUUCAUAAUAUUAAAAUAAUCUAUGCUUAUGUCCAAGCAAACUAUUUACUGGAAUAUAUGAUCACUUUUAAUUUGUAACUGCGCUUUUUAAAUGUUAUCCAUUGCUAUAUUUUCCUAUUGGUUUUAUUGAUUCUUUCAAUCUCAUUUACAAUCAUGUCUUUCAUACAUUAUUAAAAAUACUUUCAAUUGGAUUUUCUGUGGUAAAUGCCAAUAAGACUUAACUUUUAAAUGUAACCUUUCAUUUUCAUUGAUGAAAUCUGGAUUUGUUUACAAUAUCACAUAUAACCGUGUAUAACGUCUCGUACAUAAUAAAAUACAAAAAGU